AUGGCUGCCCUCGUUCAAUCAUACCCACAACAGUCCAACACAGUCACCAUGCUUCAGACUCGACCUGCCUCUGCCUCUGGCAUCAUCCAUUCCUCCUCGCAGACUCAGGCACAUCACCAGUAUCCCACCAAUCCACAACCGAUGCAGCGUAACAGCUUCCAUGGGAUGAACAAUAGCAUGGGCGUAACAACAUAUCGAGGGCAUACAGCAGUCACACCAAUUGCUCCCUAUGCCUUCACCAGCACACCCAAUCUGGCUACACCUGGUCAACGGAUACAGAAUGGUCCUCAUCUUCAACCAGAUCAGAGAACCACAUCGGCCCCAAGCAUCCCCAAUGCAGGUUCCACCCGGUCUCGAUAUCCAGCUCCACCAUCAACCUCUACAACGUCAUCGUCAUCUUCUGAUUUCUCUUCUCUGAGUCAAAAGUCAGGCUCAAAGGAUGAUUCAGUCAUUACGGGAACUGCUCGCGUUGUUUCAGGGGCUGCGAGACCACAAUCUACCAUCAUCACUUCUGUUGGAGCUCAAAGCCUCGCUCCUCCAGCCGUUUCAUCAACUGCGAAGACUUCACCUGAGCGAUAUCGUCGACCGAACAACCGUCGUGCCGAGUCAUCUACAAAUGCUCCAACACCAGCCCAAACAACAUCUGCUUCUGCUACGUCUAUGCCAAAUGUCAUGCAAUUCUAUGGCAAUAGCGUUCAACAGUCGGCAGCUCCAGGAUCAUAUCAAAACUUAAACUUGCAGAUGCCACAAAUCUCGAAACCAACUCAAGGUUUUGCCUCUAGUUUUGGAAGUGCUGAUGAUUUGCAACUCAACCGAAAUGUUGUCCAGGAUCCGGCCAAGAGAUAUCGGCGGCGAAGUAUCCACACUAUCGAUGCUGGAGAAUAUGGCGGCAUGUCUGCAUCAUUAUUGCAACAAGGGUCACGCCAAGUAAGCAGUGCAAAUGGUAGAUUUGAUCAGCAACAACAGCAGCAGCACCCUCUCCGGAGCUCGCCCGUUGUGGUAAAUCGCCCGAACUCGUCUCAUGGACGAAAUGGCAGUUCAGAGAGUGUCAACUCUGGCCGUAGCAACCAUUCUCGACCUAGUUCUGCUUCCAAGCGAGAAGCAGGCGCAUCCAUGGCACCAAACCCCGCCCCGUCUUCCCUUUCGCAAUCUUCAGCAGUACAACCACCACCAGCAAAUGCCUUGGCCGAACAGACUUCAAUCAAACACGAUGUACCGCGCCUUGUAAAUAUUCCUCCUCGUGCCUCAUCCACCGAUGCCGCGAAACGAGUCGGAACUCCCUCGCCUCUUUCCAAGCCGGUGACAAUGAGUCCCGAGUCCCCAUCGUCGAAGGACUCGUUCGCAUCGGCUGUCAAUGCCGCCCUGCAAGAACCAGCCAAACCUACCUACGCACAGGCUGCGAGCGCGAAUAUGAACGCCUCGAGCCCUGCCGCUCAACAAUUAGCAGCAUUGAAUGAGAAAGAAGGCAAGAAGAGCAAGACUUCUCGACUUCGCAGGGCAUUUUCGUUUGGAAGUGCCGCGGAAUUGCGACGAGCAUCAGCCGAGAAUAGCGCCGCAAAUAACGCAGCAGAUCGCUCGAAGCUCCGCAAGGAAAAAUACCAAGAUGAACAAGAUGCAGAGCAGGCUCGAAUUGCACAACAGCAAGAAGCUGGUGGUAUCGGUUCUGGCAUCUACAAUGGACAGGGUAAUUUCUUCACCGGUUCGACCGAUAAUCUGUCUAUCUCAUCGACCGCCUCAUCAGCCUCAGUGAUGAUACGUAAGAUGGGUAAGGGCAUGAAGAAGUCCACUAGAUCUCUCGUGGGAUUGUUCCGACCGAAAUCUGUUAUCGGCGUCCCUGCGGCAGACUCUGCCCUCCCACAGGCUAGCCAAGCCCAGGUGUCAAUGGUCACUGUCGAGGCAGAACGCGAGAAGGUUAACGUUAAUCUCAACCCACAUGAUCAAGUCGGAGGUGGCACUGGAUAUCCUAAACUCGAGCGUAAUUCGAUUGAUGCCGCUAGUGCCAGUGUUGCCGUCUCUGAACGUCUCGGCAGUUCCAGCACUGAGAACUCAUCAGCUAGGAGAAGCAUUGUCGGAGGUGAGAAGGAGCGCGCAGAGGUCCUCGCUGCAGUCAAGAAGGGCAUCCUCAAGCGCUCUGGCACCGACUCUGGCAAUUCCUCUCCUGUCAUUCGACCCCUCGACUCUAAGUCUCCAAACUUCCAACUCCCACAAAUCCCUCACGUCAACGAGUCUCCCAUAUCUUCGGCACCUAGCACACCCAAUGAUGAACAACAAGGUCACCGACGAAUGGGCUCGGUCACACUUGGAGGCGAGGACUAUUUUAUGUCUGCACUACGCUUCCAGGGUAACUCUAAGAGUGUACCUGGUACUCCACAAGGUCCCAAUGGAAUCAAGCGAAAUGCUACAUUCAGUCCACGCAUUCAAUUCCAUGAUACAUGGCCUAGCGGAGAAUACGAUCGCAGAGGUGAGAUUGCAACAUGCAAUCGUCUAACACCAAUGCUCGCACAACAAAUCAAAGAGGAGCUCAACACUUUCAAGAUGGCAUGUUACCAAUACGAUUCUCGAAACACUUUGCUAACGUAA